CGCGAUUCCUCAUCCACAUCUCCAUCUGCCCACCAUGUCUGUCUUCACCAAGGAUGCCUUCACCAUGUCUGCCCUCCCCUCCCCCUCCACCUCCCAGCCCCCCUCCGCCGCCCCCUCCCGCCGCGGCUCCUUCGCCAACCCCUCCCUCGCCUCCGGCCAGAUGACCCCGGCCACCGACCCCCACAUCGUCUCCAUCAACGUCGAGUCCGUCCUCUUCGACAUGGACGGUACCCUCAUCAACUCGUCCGGUGCCGUCGUCAAGGCCUGGAACCUCUUUGCCGAGACCUACCCCCUCGACCUCGACGACAUUCUCAGGUCCGCCCACGGUAUGCGAACCAUCGAUGUCCUCAAAAAGUGGUGCAAGAUCUCCGACCCCGAGCUCCUUGCCUCGGAAGUCAUCCGAUUCGAGACUGCCAUUCUCAACGCCGCCGAGGAGCUCGCCAAGAGCGGCAGCAGCGGUGCCGGUAUCGAGGUCCUCCCCGGUGUCAAGAACCUCCUCACCCAGCUCAGCGCCGACAACGACAAGCGCGACGGCGAGGAAAAGUGGGCCAUCUGCACCUCUUCAACCUACUUUUACGCCGGUAAGGCUAUCCCCAUCGCUGGCUUGACCACCCCCAAGGUCUUUGUCACUGCCGACUCUGUCACCCGAGGAAAGCCUUUCCCCGACCCCUACCUCCUUGGUGCUUCGGGCUGCAACGCCUCUCCUUUCGAGUCCCUCGUCGUCGAGGACGCCCCCACCGGUAUCCGAUCCGGUAAGGCUUCCGGUGCCCUUGUCCUCGCCACGUGCACUUCCCACGAGCGCCACGAGCUCGAAAAGGAAAACCCCGACUUCCUCGUCGACGACCUCUCCCACGUCAAGGCCACCUGGGACACCGCCACCAACACCUUCAACCUCAUCAUCGAGCAGCCCGUCGACCGAUACGCGCCCCGCGCCACCCCCGACGUCACCCCCGUCAUCACCCCCGCCAUGUCGAGGGCCAACUCGUUCUCGGGUGUCGGCCAGGACCGCCCCAACUUUAAGAACAACCAGGCCAUCUCCAAGGCUAGCGAUGAGCUUACGGGCAACGACUCUGUCGUUGGCUCGCCUGCUGCCUCCAGGCCCGGGUCCCCCGAUGCGGAUGGAGAGAAGCGAGCCGAGCUCGAGUUCCACCGAAGAGCCUCUCAGUCUGGCUCUGGUGGUGUCACCCUCGACAACUUUAGAAAGGCGCUCGCUGGUAACGCUGCCAAGAGGAGGGCCCAGGGUGAGGAAUAGAUCUGUCAUUAGGGUCUAGUUUUGUAUCGAUAGGAUAUCAUUGUUUCUCUCUUUUUCCUCCCCACGCUUUUUGCUUCUGGUCGUUUUGUUUAGGUUUUUGCAUCAUAGAUCAUAGACGACGAAAAAACCCACAAAAACAUAGUCUCCCAUUAGCAAAACCAACGCAUGUCUGCAUUAUGAAACUCUCGUUUAUGUCUAGACCUCGCAAAGGAAGGAUUGGUUUCGCUAUGCAAGCAUUGAAUUUGCGCGGUUCUGAUUGGUCAAAACCCGCAAGGUUAUCCACCGACCUCUUAACGUAGAUCUCGAUCUUGCAUCUUGCCCGACAUCCUUGCCCGA